UCCUCACCCCCCCAUAGUGCCCGCAUCCUGAUGGUAAGACUUGGCACCAAGUGUAGCAGCGUCGGGCACUUGGCAUCACAAUUCUCCUCAGUUACUCCCGAACAGGCAGGAAGUGAUAACGGUUGUGGCCUCACCUCCUCGUAACCAUGUCGAUCGUGGUGUCGUCCUUGACCAUCGCGACCCAGUUGGCGCUGUCGCAUGUGAUCCGCGGCCGUCUGUCGGACCUCAUUCAGAAUGAGCUCCUCAAGGGCUGCCUCCUCGAACUGGUGGCAGCGGCGGAGAUGUGCGGCUCCUGCUACGAGCUGAUCAUCAUCGCCGAUAACUAUGGAGUGUACGCUUACGCCGUGUACCUCUGGCUCAUGACCAUCUGGUGGGGUCAGUCGUGGGGAACCGCCACAGCCUGCCCUUACAGCCUGCUCGAGGAGUACGUGGAAGUGGGAAGUGACGCCGUCUCGGUCGUGCUCAAGAUUAUUGCUCAAGUGAUAGGUGGAUUGAUGUCCUUCAGAUGGGUGAAAUACGUCUGGAUGAUGGAACUCGCCGCAACACACGUGGGUCGCGGCGUGGACGACUGCACAGCUGACCUCCAAGUUCCUGUCGUUGCUGGCUUCCUGAUCGAGUGCGUCCUGACCUGCGCCUGCCGACUCGUCUCUCGAGCUCUGGGCGAAAUCGAACCCAAGUUUGCCUCCGCGAUCGAUUCGUUCUUUGCUACUUCCAUGGUGGUGCUCGCCUUCAACUACUCCGGCGGCUACUUCAACCCCGUGCUGGCGACCGGCCUCAAGUGGAGCUGCCGGGGACACACGAACGCCGAGCACGUCAUCGUGUACUGGGCGGGAUCCAUCUUGGGCGCGAUGCUGUCCAUUCGCCUGUGGAACCUUGCCGUCGUCAAGAACACGAUGGUCGGUCCCUUCAAGCCGAAGGCAGAGUAGGAGAGGAAGAAGAGAAGAGACUGAUGCUUUUGAAAGAAAAAUAUAUUUAUCUGUUAUUGUUAUUUUUUAUUUUUAUGGGUUGAUUAUUCGAAGAGUUAAAAGCCAUGUUUUGAAGUGGCUAGAUAGUGUCACAAACGCACACACAAACACACGUAUGUAAAGAAUGUAUUUAUAUUUUGGCGUGUCAUUUGGUAAGGAUUUUAUACUAUACAGAAGGUGGGGAAAAAAAUGUGACGCUGACAAUCGCCGGAGAGAUAUAGUAUACGGGACAUAAUUGAUAAGAUUUUUUUAAUGUUAGCGAAAGACACUCAAAAUUUGGGUGAUUCAACUAUGUGCAAACUACCUCUGACAGCUUCCAUUGACUCCGUCAUGUAUAGAAUUACUCACAAAGUAUUCAUGCAUUUAGAAUUUACUUGUUCUGAAUCUCUGUGAAAACAAAAUGUACAAGAAUAUUUUGUAAAGAAAGAACAAUGCAUAAAAUAUCGUUGCAUUUGUACACAAAAUGCUCUUUACUUCGUGUAUCAAGUAAGUUAGGAUGUUGUGUAGUCUGUCAACAGUAGUUCUUUUCACGGUCGAUUUUCUCUCCACACGUACUAAUUUCCUCGUUAAAGAUGCAGACAGGAGAUGAUUAUAGACUAUGUAAGCAAAUCUGUUUUAUGUAAAAAAAUAUAAAUUAAACGUAAGGAAGAAUAUAUGUACUUAUAUAAAAAAAAAUGAUAUAUAUAAACACGGGUGCUACUUUAACAGCUUGAAUGGCAUUAAUUUAUAUGUUAGCAAACGAGAUUUUUCGUCUUGGAGAAGUACUAUAGCUUUUUAGUUAAAAGCAGACAAUGAUCUUCUUGUUCUCACACUAAUUAUAAUAACCAUGGUUAUGACAAUAAUACUGAAACAAAUUGUGAUAAGUGUAAUUUGUGUAUUGUCAAAUAUUUAAUAAUGAUAAAGUUAUAUAUAUAUAUAUAUAUAUAUAUAUAUAUAUAUAUAUAUAUAUAUAUAUAAUGUGUAAUUUAUAUAUGAUAUAUAAAAGAUAGAUAUCUAAUUUUCAGAGAUAAUAGUAUAAUGUAUCAUAAAGUAGAAUUGACACAUUAAAAACCAGAAAGAAUGUAUAAUAUAUAUAUAUAUAUAUAUAUAUAUAUAUAUAUAUAUAUAUAAAGUAUGUACCAUAUAUAUCAUAACACAUGUUAGCACAAACAGUACUUUGAUCCAACAAAGUCAGUAAACCAGUAUUCUUGCAUGUUAGAAAAAACAAAACAAAAAAACAAGACUGCUCAUUAUUGUAUAAUGAAACAAACAAGAAUAAUCAAAAUUAAUGAUAAAAAAGAAAAACAGACGAGAAAAAAAGCAAAAACGCACUACGUUUCCCAGAUAAGUUGACUCAAGUUUUAAACAAUAAUUUCCUCCAAUUACGAUUGUUCGAAACGACUCUAGUCCUUGCAGUAUGUUCAUUUAUGUUCAUUUAUGUUCAUUUAUGUUCAGCAACCCAGUGCUCAAGCUUCCCUAAGUUAACCUCCCCCCCCCCCUCCUCCUCCUCCUCUUCGCUCCCCUUUUCCCUUGAUAAUAAAAUGUGCCUUCAAUGAUUAUGUGAUAUCCUUGUGUUGAAUGAAUUUUGAUUUUUUAAAAAUAAAUCGUAAAAUUGUUGUUAACAGUUAAGUUUUGUCUAUUUUAUUAUUUUAUGCAACGAAAUGUUUAAUUAUGCAUAUGUAUCCAUGUAUUUUAUUUCUUGUUACUGUUACCACUGUGUACAUGAUAUUCUAAUGUAAUCUAAUGAUGCAAUGCAUUGUUGACCCAGAAAAAAAGUCCAAUUAAAUCCCUUAAAAAAAGA